CGAACUGCUCCAUGCACGGAAAUAUCGUCUGGUGAAUGCAAUAAUUCUGCGACAGGAUUGCAAAGAAUCUUUUUGAAUAGAAAAACACUGCAUUAACAAUGUCCACCAGGAUACUCUUUUCAACGAUAAGAAGAUGUCACUGGUUGAACAAGGGAUUUGCAGCUGUCCCAGUGAGAUACUAUGGAUAUAUUCCAAACAUAUAUCGCCAGUAUGGAAAAACAGGUGACGGAAAUUAUGGAUCAACACUCGGAAAGCAAAAUGUUGGAUACAUCGAACCAGUGCGAGAACAGAUUCUUAGUUUGGCCAAAACCAUUUCCUUUCACUGACAAGGACUCGGUCUUCAACAUUGCCGACUAUGGUGCAGCUGAUGGUUCUACUGCCAUGGCCAUUUUCGGUGAGUUGCUGGCAACUUUGAAAGAUCAUCAUGGCCCCAACACCCAGUUCCAGGUUAUCUAUGAAGACUUGGAAAUGAACGAUUUCAAUUCUCUCUUCAAACGUAUGUCAGGAAUCAUCCCUGAUCCACCGUCCUACCUCUUGGAAAUGGACAAUGUCUAUGUUCUUGCUUCAGGGACAAACUUCUACAAGCAGUGUGUACCUCCAAACUCGAUCCAUUUCAUGAUGUCAAUGGCAUCUGUCCAUUGGUUGUCGAAGACUCCUAUCUUCAAGGACUCGAUUUACAAAGAUGCCAAGAGUAGUACUGAGGAGACGACUGCCCUUCACAAGCAACCCUAGUU